AUGGCGCGGUUGUAUGUGCUACUGUUUGUUCUCCUUGCCCAACUUUUGCCGGCUUGGGGCCUGCCGACAUAUGUGCCCCCUGUUCGCGUCCGCGAGUUCAACCUGACGGUGACAUGGGAGAAGCAUGCACCGGACGGCUUCGAGCGGUACAUGUUCUUGAUCAAUGGCCAGUCUCCGGGUCCUACGCUCGAGGUUGACCAGGAUGAUUGGGUCGUUGUGCGUGUGCAGAAUGAUUCUCCUCAGAACAUCACUGUUCACUUCCAUGGCAUUGAGAUGAUGAACACGCCCUGGUCGGAUGGCGUUCCGGGACUCUCUCAACGAGCCAUCGCUCCCGGCUGCCGCUUCAUCUAUGAGUUCGCGGCUACUCAGUACGGCAGCUUCUGGUACCACUCUCACUUCCACGGCCAGAUUGAAGACGGCCUCUACGGCCCCAUUUUCAUCCAUCCUCGCCCUCAGGACCCAAAGCCUUUCGAACUAAUAUCUGCUGACCCUCUCGAUGUUGCUGCCAUGAUCGAAGCCGAGCGCACCGUCAAGCCCCUUGCCAUUGCAGACUUUAACCACUUCACAUCGCAAGAGAAGUGGGACAUGGCAUUGGCUAGUGGUGUGGAAGACUCAUGCUAUGAUUCUGUCUUGUUCAAUGGCAAGGGACGAGUGCAAUGCCUCCCGAGUGCUGAGGUGGCGGCCAACCUGAGCGAUGAUCAAAAGGCUUUCCUCGCACUCGGCAACGUGACGUCUAUGACUGAUAAGUCCUGCCUCCCGGCCUCAUCCCUGGCUGCAAUAGGCGGCAACCUCUCGACCAACCUCUCUUUCAUCCCAGACGGAGCCUUUUCCGGCUGCAAAGAGACCAAAGGAUCACUCGAAGUCAUACAAGCAGAGCUCUCGUCGACUUCGUCAUACCGAUGGAUCGCAAUCGACAUUGUCGGCUCCAUCAACUUCAUGACGGCCAUGGUGUCCAUCGAUGAGCACGACAUGUGGGUGUACGCCAUGGACGGCUCAUACAUUCACCCGCAAAAGGUGCAAGCCCUGGUUCUCACCAACGGCGACCGAUAUAGCGUCAUGGUGAAGAUCAGCAAGGCUGGACGGUUCAACAUCCGUUGCAACUCCAUCAGCGCUCCGCAGGUGCUUGUCGGACACGCCGUUCUUGAUGUUCACAGCAGCUGCGGAAAGACCAACACGGGAGAAUCAAAGCCGUAUAUCAGCAUCACAGGAGUGCCUCUAUCGAAAGACGUGGUAACCUUCAAUCAAGCUACGGCAGCGCCGUUCCCACCAGAGCCGAUUGCCCAGAAGGCCGACGCCACGUUCAAGCUCAACAUGAAGCUUGACGGCGCGUCGUAUCUCUGGGCCUUGAACUCCAGUCGCCUGAUGCCAUCCGAUCUCGACAACUCCCAUGAGCUGCCCGUCCUGUUCGGACACCCCGAGCCCGUACAGAACAAUAUCACCAUCUCGACUUACAACGGCACUUGGGUGGAUCUUGUCCUUUUCGCGAGCACAUUCCCUAUGCCUCCUCACCCAAUCCACAAGCACAGCAACAAGAUGUUCCAGAUUGGCGCUGGCGAUGGGGACUUCACCUGGGACUCCGUUGAGGAGGCAAUUAAGGAGAAGCCCGAGCUGUUCAACCUCGUCAAUCCGCCGCGCAGAGACAGUAUUGCUUCACUGCCAGCCAUCACUGGAACGUCGUGGGUUGUGGUUCGUUAUCAGGUUGUGAAUCCGGGUGCUUGGUUGCUGCAUUGUCAUAUUAGCAACCAUUUGCUAGGAGGGAUGUCGAUUAUAAUCCGGGAUGGUGUGGACAAAUGGCCGACAGUUCCUCAAAAGUAUCUGGAUAUGGGCUUGUAA